GAAGAAACCAUGGGAUCCGCCGCCAGCAAGACGUCGGCGUCUGUGGCCUCGGCAUCGCGCAACCGCGUGAUCCGCACCAACGUGUCCCUGGAGCAGCUGGUCGCUCUAUCGCGCGGCUCGUCGUCCGAGCUGCCCACCCAAGCGCAAGCCAUGGCGGUCGAGACGUCGUCUACGCCCAUCGACGCGCACGGCUCCAAGGUGGAACUCAUGGAGAUGCAGCAGCGUCUGCUGCAGGACGUGCAGAAGAUCGACGACUUCGACCGCGUCAAGUUCCUGGAGGAGAGCACGCGCGCCUUCGAGGCCACCGCCAGCAGCCACCGGCCGCGCUCGUCGCAGCCCGUUCGGCUGCCGACCGACAAGACGAACGCCGCGUCGUCCACGGGCGUGGGCGGCGCGGACGAGGAGCAAGUGCGCGGCCGCCUCACCGGGCGGGACCUGCGGACGCUGCUGCGUCUCCACUACGAGAAGCCCGAGAGCUGGACGCCCGAGGUUCUGGCCGACAAGUACGGACUCGACGCGGCGGACAUGCACUGCAUCCUCAACAGCGUGGGUCCGCCCAACGUUCUUCCGCCGCGAGGCUCGUCCGAGCAUCCUCUCGGCGUGUGGUUUGACGCACCGGGCAUGUUGCCAGCGCAGUCCAAGCAGCAGAAGACGUUGGCGUAG